GACCCACUAGCCUGGGGGCGGAGCCUGCUGCACGCGUGCGCAGUCGCGGGCCGCGCUGACGGGGGCGGUGAGGCGGUCGCUUCGAGCGUGUUAGUUUGCUCCCUGAAGAGAGUGAGGGCGACUGGGAGCUGGCGGCCACUGGUGCUUUCGCGGGGAGAUGCCAUUUGCUUCUCAGAUGUAAGGCACUUUGUGUUCAUUACUCAGCAGUGAAAAUGAGUCAUACAGAGGUUAAAUUAAAAAUACCUUUUGGAAAUAAGUUACUGGAUGCCGUUUGUUUGGUACCUAACAAGAACAUAGCAUAUGGAAUAAUUCUUACACAUGGAGCAUCAGGAGAUAUGAAUCUUCCUCAUUUGAUGUCACUAGCAACCCAUCUUGCAUCUCAUGGGUUUUUUUGCCUAAGAUUUACUUGCAAAGGCCUUAAUAUUGUACAUAGAAUUAAGGCAUAUAAAGCAGUUUUGAAUUAUCUAAAGACCUCAGGAGAAUACAAACUUGCAGGUGUUUUCCUUGGAGGUCGUUCAAUGGGCUCAAGAGCAGCUGCUUCUGUAAUGUGUCAUACUGAGCCAGAUGAUGCUGAUGAUUUUGUUCGAGGUCUCAUUUGUAUUUCUUACCCACUGCACCAUCCAAAGCAGCAGCAUAAACUCAGAGAUGAAGAUCUCUUCCGUAUAAAAGAUCCUGUACUGUUUGUGUCGGGCUCAGCAGAUGAAAUGUGUGAAAAGAAUUUGUUGGAGAAGGUGGCACAGAAAAUGCAAGCUCCAAGUAAAAUCCACUGGAUUGAGAAGGCUAAUCAUGCCAUGGCAGUGAAAGGACGGUCCACAAAUGAUGUUUUCAAAGAAAUAAAUACACAGAUCUUGUUUUGGAUCCAAGAAAUCACUGAAAUGGACAAGAAAUAAUUGUCAUUCAUUAAAAAGCCAUGUUAUUUUGAAUACAAGUACAGUUAAUUUGAUAAAAACAAUAUACCUCUCAGCAUUGUGAGAUAUAUUUCAAACUAAUGUUCUUUAAUGUUGCCCUAUUUUUGAAACACAUUGUAUUGUGAAAUUAAUAUCCUUUACAAACUGUCUUUUGAAAGCACUGUUAUAGUUAUAUGAAGAUGAUGUACAAAUAUUGAAGGUUUGUCUAUAAUUUAUUUUCAUUAGUAUAGUUAAGUUUUGAAAAAAAUUAAACAUUUGCAUUUUGUUACAAUG